AUAGUACCUUGCUUAUGCAGCCGCCAUAUUGUGUGACAGUAUUUUGAUUCGUAUCUACUGGAAGUGAGGAAAAAGAGAAAAGUGAAGGGCUGUGGAGGGGAGGGGGGGGCUGAAGAAGAAGAGCUGUCAAAAAGGUAUUCCGGAGUCUGUCUAAAAGCGGAGGGCUGGGGCUUGCUAUCCCUCCCCCGAGCGUUAUUUCGAGGACACAUUAAGGCCCGGGGCCUCGGAGCAACUUAGCUUUUUGGUCUGCCUGAUACUUGCUGGACCUUUCUCGGCUUCUCCUGUGCCAGCGCCGCGGCCCUCUGGAGGUCUGGCGGCGUUCAGGGGUGUCGAAGGCGGCCCGAGGAGAGGGAUCGGAGUCGGGGAAAGUCAAAUGAUGUUCACGAUGAAGGCUUUUUGCUGCCAAAACUAAUGCCACAGUGUGUCGAGUAGAACGAGUAGUCCUGACCUGGCAACAUACGAAUGGCCCAGGGAAGCCACCAUAUUGACAUUCAGGUUUUGCAUGACCUGCGCCAGAAGUUCCCUGAAGUUCCAGAGGGUGUUGUGUCCCAGUGUGUUCUGCAGAAUAACAACAACUUAGACGCUUGCUGUGAAUAUUUGUCCCAGGUCAGUCCAUGCUACUUGUACAGUGAAGAAGGAAACAUCACCUUUUCUGACGACCCCAGCUUGACCAGGCUCCGUAAUCACAUGACCCAGCUGAACCUGGGCCUGCAGUCUCAGAAUGUGCACGUGGCCCCCGCCCGAGACGGCCUGAGAAUGAACGGCAGCCGGACUCUGGCCCAUAGCCUGAGCGAAGGGCCCCUGCAGACAGACCAGGCCCCGAACAGUAACUUCUUUCAGCAGGAGCCGCAGUCUGCUCCAGUUGAAGUGCCUCCCAGUCUCAAUGUGUUUAGUGCGAUGGAGCCCUCGCGCAAACCACAACCUCCGCAGCACCUUGGACUCUACCCCCUGGGCGUCAAAGGAACCACCAUGGGUUUCCAGCAAACGCCACGUUUCAAUCCUAUUACCGUGACGCUAGCUCCUCAUAUUCAGACAGGCCGCAACACUCCUACUUCUUUACACAUACAUGGCGGGCCGCAGUCAGGUCUAAGCAGCCCACAGGGUAACUCAAUCUACAUUAGGCCCUACUUAAGUCAAUGCGGUACGACCCGGCCCAACCAGCAGCAGGGAGGCAGGGCCCAGUAUAGCCCCACCUCUCAUCCGCAGCAGCAGAUCUAUCAGAUCUCUCACCCUUCGUCCUUGUCAGGGUCUUGGCCGGGCCCUCAGCAAUCUUCUUCCUCGCAUACCUCACAGCAGCAUACCCACGGCCACCAGACAUCUCAUGUCUACAUGCCAAUCAGCUCCCCCACCAAUUCCCAGGCACCCUCCAUUUUUCCUUCCGGAAGCCAGCCGUCCUCAUCCGGCGUCUCGUCUUCUUGCUCGUCUUCCUCGUCGUCCUCCUCUUCCUCCGUCAUCCCCACCUCACUCCCUGCUAUCAGCCAGUACAACAUCCAGAACAUCUCCACCGGCCCGCGAAAGAAUCAGAUCGAGAUCAAACUUGAAUCUCCUCAGAGGAGCAACUCCACCACAACAACAGCUGUGCUGCGGACAGGCGGUGGGUCCCGUUCCUCGUCCGCCUCGUCCUCCUGCCCUUCCUCCUCGUCCUCCUCCUCCUCUUCCUCAACUGGGGUUUCUACUGUCCCGAGCACGCCGCUCUCCAUCGGAGGCUCAGGUCUAAGCCGUAGCCAGCCCACUGUUUACAUCUCCGCAAGCCCGCCCACUGCUGCUACCACGCCUUCCGAGGAGGCUGUCCUGGCCCCAGCCGGAUCCCGUUCACAACCCAAGUUUUACAUUUCAGCCAAUGCCUCCAGUGAUGACAGUGGGGGUAGGAAUCCUCCCACAGUCUACAUCUCAGCUAACCCUCCAUUGCAGGGGCCGCCAGGUGCGAGGAACAUUGGGGGCCAGGUGAGCAUGGGCCCCGCUUAUAUCCACCACCAUCCACCGAAAUCCCGACCCUCUAUAGGAGUGGCAAACACGGCUUCCUCGCCCCGUGUGGUGGUGACGCAACCCAACACAAAAUAUACUUUUAAAAUCACUGUGUCCCCCAAUAAGCCCCCAGCAGUGUCCCCUGGGGUUGUGUCUCCUACAUUUGAGCCCAACAACCUCCUCAGCCUACCGUCAGACCAUCACUUUGCCGAGCCGGACCCCCUCCAUCUCUCGGACCCGCUUUCACCACACAACGAGAGACCGAGCGAGCCUCGCCGACUCAGCAUGGGCUCUGAUGACGCGGCGUACACACAAGCAUUGUUGGUCCAUCAAAAGGCCCGCAUGGAGAGGCUUUGGCACGAACUGGAGCUCAAGAAAAAGAAGCUGGAGAAGCUAAAAGAAGAGGUCAACGAGAUGGAGAAUGACCUGACACGGAGACGACUGGAGAGAUCUAACUCUGCCUCCCAAAUCCCUUCAAUCGAGGAAAUGAAGCAGUUGCGAUGCAAAAACCGAUUACUACAAAUUGACAUUGACUGCCUCACCAAGGAAAUUGAUCUCUUUCAAAAAAGAGGACCACACUUCAAUCCCGUUGCAAUCCAUAAUUUCUAUGACAACAUUGGAUUCGUUGGUCCUGUCCCACCAAAACCCAAAAGUACUUUAUCAGUUGACAGUAAAAGUUUGGCAGAGCAGGAGGAAGACGAGGGGACGCAGUGGAGCUGCACGGGCUGCACCUUCCUCAACCACCCGGCCCUCAAUCGCUGUGAAGAAUGCGACCGCCUAAGGGACUUCUGAGCCAGAGAGGCCGCCAUGUGCCCCUCCGCCUGCCUUCUCCCACGCUUGAAUCAGGGAAAAUAAAGGGGCUUUGUGAUGCUUUUCCCUUGUUGUAUGAAAACUCUGAUGGGGUCUAAUUAUCGUGCAGCCUCUUUCCUACCCCCCCCCCCCUUUUUUUUUUUUUUUUUACCCCUUGCAGAAUGCUGUCCUCCUGAAGGUUUGACUGGAUACUGUUUACAGCUUGCGUCUCUUCCUAAAGGCAGGCACAGUUGGAUAAUACCUCACAUUUGACACUCAGAUUGUGUGGGCUCCUAUCAUUUCCGCUCAACGUCCCCCCCCUCCCUCGGGGAUGUGGGGGUGUGGGGGGGGGAUACCUCGCUGCUCCCACUUUACAGUAUUACGAGCGUGACCCCUUGCAGUGUCCCACGUACGCAACACAGGCGCCCCACGUGCCUUUUUUGCCAAACGGAGUUUUUCCUCCCGGCUCCCGCAGCGGUUCGUCAAGGGGAUUGGGAAAUGUCGGACCGCCGCGCUCUGUCUGAAGGGAAAACAGACUACUCAUGGACCUGUUUUGCUUUUUCUAGAGGAUGUCAAAGGGCAAGCUGGCAGCAUCUCACUGCCUUUGAAAUGUGCCUCCUGUUUUCCAAUAUGCCUUCCAUUUGAUUUCAAAAAUGAAAAAAAUGCAUGCUUUGUGUACAGAAAGUCCCUUUUUACUGUACAUAAUUUUAGAAUGUGCCUUCUUCCUCACACUAUGAAUCACGUUUAUUUUCUGUAAGUAUAGCUUUAUAGACUUUAUUACUUGUUUAGUUUUCCCUUUUAUUAAUUCAACGAUACAACCCCCCCCAAUUUUCCAUUUUGUAAGCAUGUUAAAUUCUGCGAGAGUUAAAGAAGAAAGGAAUAAUCUCGCAGUCAUCACAAAUGGCCGCCUGCAGUGGGCUCAACGUCGCCUGCGUCACAAAACAGCAAUCUUUCCCCCCUCUUCUUCCUAGGACACCAAAAAUGAAAUCAUAAAUACAAUCAGACUUUAUUUUGUUUUUAAUCUGACAACUGGAAUGUGGGUUUAAUAUUUUGAGGACACCUGAGUGCAGAAAGACAUCAUUUCCAGUACAAUCAUCACAUCUGAAUGCUCCUUGAACAGCUAAGGGAAUUGUCCUAUUUUGUAUUGUGCGUCUAUUGUGUGGUUUUUUUUCGUGGUACUGAGGUUCAUAGAGAAUAUGUCAAGUGUCCUUAAUAAAGGUCAGAAUUUUUGCUAUUCGGGAAAGUAGAAAAAAAAGCACAACUUGACUGUUCACUUUGUGUACUAUUAUUUUUAUUUUUUUUAAUUUGGCUCAGUUCACCCUCAAACUUUUUUUUUUUUUUUUUAGUUGGGGUGCUUCUACUAAAUGUUUUUUGUUUCAUUUUUGCCCCCUACAUUUAAAAACAAAAUAGUUUUGCAUUUGUUCCUUCGGAACUGUUCAAUUUGUAUCUUAUCUAUAUUUUAUAAUGAAAUCUUUAAUGCAUCAAAAGUAAACGAUGAAACAUGUCUCUGAAGCACAUGAUGCCAAACCGUUGUCCUUUUUUUUUUUUUUUUUCCAGCCCAGAGAAAAACAUUUCAGCUUGAUCUGCGCUUUGGUGUAAAGAGGCAGUUUAUUUGGUUUUAAUAAGUGGAGAAAACAUAAUUUCGAUACCUAAAAUGUCUUUUUGUUUUUAUCUGAGAAAACUCUCUUUGUAACAGAUAAGUUAUUUGUAAGAAAAAAAAAAGAAAAAAAAAAGGUAAUUAAAAAAAAGGAAAUAAAAUGUGUUCAGAUUUUUGGGA